UGUCGGUUUAAACCGGGAGGACACCCAUACCGACUUCUCAAUGCAAAAAAUAAAAGGGUAGCUAGAAGCAGGGGCGAGGGGAACGGAGGUAAAGCGAACGCUCUCGGUCGGUCUCUCUCUCUCUCUCUCUUUCUCUCUCGUUUUUAUUACAUGAAUGAAUGAAUUGAGUAGUAAGGGACACGUACAAGGAAACACGCCUCCGCCUGGACGACCAAACGCGUUUGAUAUUUGACUUGUGUUCAAUGGUACGCGUUCGCAUCUGUACAUUUUCGGCGAAAACCAGAGUAGGACGUCUCAUCCCGUCGUUUGAAACACUUCUGAAGGCGUAGCAGCUGAAAGUCCUCGCGGUGAACAUGGCAACUUUAACGAACGGACAGGUGGACGCCGCGGUGCACGGAGGAGCGGCCAGUACAAACGGGCUCGUGAACGGAAUAAGCCACACGCACAGUCCCGCGAGCUGCGCCACGAUUCCCAUGAAGGACCACGAUGCCAUCAAACUGUUCAUCGGACAGAUACCGCGCAACCUGGACGAGAAGGACCUCCGGCCGCUCUUCGAGGAAUUUGGCAAGAUCUACGAGCUCACCGUGCUGAAAGACCGCUUCACUGGCAUGCACAAAGGCUGUGCCUUCCUCACAUACUGUGCAAGAGAAUCGGCGCUAAAAGCUCAGACCGCGCUUCACGAGCAGAAGACGCUACCUGGGAUGAACAGGCCAAUCCAGGUGAAGCCAGCUGACAGUGAGAGCAGGGGAGAAGACAGAAAACUCUUCGUUGGCAUGCUGAAUAAGCAGCAAUGUGAGGACGAUGUGCGGCGCCUUUUUGAGUCCUUCGGGAGCAUUGAGGAGUGCACCAUCCUCAGAGGUCCUGACGGAAACAGCAAAGGUUGUGCGUUUGUGAAAUAUUCCACUCAUGCAGAAGCUCAGGCCGCUAUCAGUGCUUUACACGGCAGCCAAACCAUGCCUGGCGCUUCUUCCAGCCUGGUGGUGAAGUUUGCAGACACAGAUAAGGAACGAACCAUUCGACGCAUGCAGCAGAUGGCCGGUCAGAUGGGCAUCUUCAAUCCGAUGGCCCUGCAGUUUGGAGCGUACGGUGCCUAUGCACAGGUUCAGCAGCAGGCAGCGCUGAUGGCAUCAGUGGGUCAGGGAGGAUAUCUCAGCCCUAUGGCGGCUUUUGCUGCCGCACAGAUGCAACACAUGGCCACCAUCAACGGCCUCCCAGGGGCUCCCAUGACUCCAACAUCAGGUGGAAGCACGCCCCCUGGCAUCACAGCUCCCACGGUGACCAGCAUUCCAUCUCCAAUUAGUGUCAACGGUUUCACAGGGCUGCCUCCUCCUCAAGCCAACGGCCAGGCUCCAGCGGAGGCCAUGUUUACCAACGGAAUCCAUCCUUACCCAGUUUUGCAGGAAGUGGUGUUUAGGGAAGACUCGGAGAAGGGCGGCCUGGGCGUGGCACAGAGAAGUUGUUUUGGGGUUCAGGGAAGCUGCUUCCUGUCGUCUCUCUCAGAAGCUCAGAGUCCCACCGCAGCGGACCCCCUGCAGCAGGCCUACGCUGGAGUCCAACAAUAUGCAGCAGCCUUCCCAGCUGCAUAUGGACAGAUCAGCCAGGCCUUUCCCCAGCCGCCUCCCAUCAUCCCUCAGCAACAGAGAGAAGUGGCUGCUGUUAUAAACUAUACUGAAAUAUCACCAACAAACCAUCAUGCAGAGUCACGAUUUGAUGUUCCAGGGCCGGAGGGCUGUAACCUGUUUAUUUAUCACCUCCCUCAGGAGUUUGGGGACGGCGAGCUGAUGCAGAUGUUCCUGCCUUUCGGUAAUGUCAUCUCCUCCAAAGUGUUUGUGGAUCGGGCGACAAACCAAAGUAAAUGCUUUGGCUUUGUGAGCUUUGAUAACCCGGGCAGCGCUCAGGCCGCCAUCCAGUCCAUGAACGGCUUUCAGAUCGGCAUGAAGAGGCUCAAAGUGCAGCUGAAGAGGCCAAAGGACGCCAACCGCCCAUAUUAGCCCCGUCCCUCCCCCCAGCCACCCCUGACCCUGGGGGUGAAGGCCGCCGCUGCGCACAGGGAACGACAGGUUUUGUAGAGCUGGAAUACAUGUUGAUAACAUGCCAAAUGUAUUUGAAAACACAACAGAUCAAGAUCAUGGGCUGGGGAUACAGUAGAGCUGAAGUGGGACAUGAGGAGGACGUAGCCGCGUGAUAUACCACCACCACCACCACCACCAGGCUCAAUGGACCUUUUUGGACUUCAGUGUUUAACUCAGGGGAGCCGCGGUGUUACUGGACCAUACCGUACUCCCUUCUCUGAAGCCCCGAGCCCUUAUUUUGCAGGACCACAGGACACACUACUGAAGACCAACACAAAAAAUAUAUAUAUUUAAAAAAAGUAAAAGAAAAACAAUGUAAGCCCUCAAAAGGCUCCGAAUCUAUGAAUAAGUAGUACGGGAAAAAAACACUUUUUAAAACUAAGAUAGACUUUUAGAUGGGAAUCAUGUAUUAUUGAACACGUCUUUGGGAAAACUUUUUAAAGAACUGUUUUAGAAACCAACAAAACGGAUUUAAAAAAAAAAAGAACAAAAAAACUUGAAAGACAGAACUUUUUGGAAGGAUGUGACAAUUCAGGACAAGAACUUGCUUCGACUCGGGAUGGCCAACUUUUUUCUUGGAGUGCCUGUCCGUUUCCAGGGGCAACGGCUGCCACAAACCGCAGCCUCCGUCCGCUGGGAGACUUACCUGUCAUUCCUUAGUUGUGUAGGGACCAAAUGACCAAACCUUUUUAUCACAAAUGAAACAGAAAAAAAAAAAAAGAAAAAAAAAAAAAAAAGACUCGUACCUGUAACAUAAUUGGACCACUGCAUCUCUUGCUGUGCCAAUCGGUUUAAGAGUUGUAUUUAAAAAAAAAAAAAAAAAAAGAAGAAGAAGAUGAUAUAUGUAUAAAAAGACCAUAUAUGACUAUAUGCAUAAAUGCAUACAUAUAGAUUGCUGAUAUGCUUUUGAAUACUGGCAGAACUAUUUCCGAUGGCCCGUUGAGGCCGCUCACUUCGCUAGUUUACAAUUACUGCUCAAAAUGAAGAAUAUUUAUUUUUAUUUCUCUUCUAGUUUUUCUCUGUGGUGAGAGAAAGGGUGCAUGGGAAGGGUUGUUCCAUAAUGCAGCCUUACCUUUUCUAUCUUAUGUCCUGACCUUGUAGUUAAGAGACCAUCUUAAAGAGGUUUGAGAUAAACAAUCCUGUUUAUAUAUACCGUACAUACAAUAUGUAUAUGUAUAGCAGACGUUCGAGCAAUAUGUAUUCAUAUUUAUGCACCUGUACAGCAUAUAUAUGGAUACAUACGAUAUUAAUCCCAAAACCCAUAUAUGUAUUUAUAUGCAUAUAUUUUAUAUGUGUGUAUAUAUAGAAACCGGCUAUUCAAUAUGUAGAGCUGUAAUUUUUUUGUAGAUUUAAGCUGGAGUUUGAAACCACUGCUCUGCUUUGGACUUUUACCACUGGGAAGAAUCUCAAAUCGGCAGCUGCAAUCUGCAGGCAUUCCUCUCGAUCCGAUAUAACGUUCCUUAUCCGCCAACACACUCACACACACACACACACACACACACACACACACAGGGGUGAGAAAACUGAUUCCAUUUGUGUAUAUAUGUGUAUAUGCUACUUACAAAUGCAAAAAGGCCUCCUCUCGUAAGAGAGUUUAAAGAGAAUCAGGAUCAUUAUGAAAUAGUACAGAAUGCGGACAUAUCUGCCUCCCGCCUCUGCAAACAUUCGCAAACAACGUUUUCAUCCGAACCGAGCGCUGGCUUUAAAAACGAACGCCUGGCGGUUUUUCUAACCUCGAUCGCCUUGUUCGCGCAUGCGCCGUCGAAUCGUCAGCAGUGCGCCCGUGCACCCGGCAGCACUGUGCUACGACACCGCUAGCAGCCAUUCAUUAUUAUUAUGAUGUCAAAACAACAGAAACACUCUUCUUCUUCUUUACAAAACAAAAAGAAAAAAAAAGACACAAAAAGAAAACUACUAUAGCUACAGCGAAGCCUUCAAAUAUCUGUUGACAUGACAAACCUGUGCAGCUUGACACCGCCAUUUUACCGAUUUACACCCACUCGACGUUCUGCUUACGGUUACAAAGAAGUGGGCAUUAUGUACGUUUUGCACAAGUAUCGUCAGAAUCCGCAUCACAUUGCGUGUUUACAUGUGCUGCUUCAGCGUUCAGACGGACUAGGGGGGGGGAGUUUCUCGCGCGCGGGUGUUGAGGAUGGAACGCGAGGUUUUGAAUUUCCUGUUAGCGCAAAUUUAAGGACUUUUAACGAUUUUUGGUUACGCUUUGCAACUGACCUAUUAUACAAGAUGGCACUAUUGUAAAUAUAUGGUUAUUCCAGAGCUGGUUAAUUGGCUUUACCGAGGAGUAAAGCGUCUGUACAGCGGGGUGGUGGUGGGGGGGAAGGGAAGCAAGUAGUUAGUUCACCUCAUUUCGAAGGGGAAUUCAGUUCUGAACCGACGCGUCUUCAGACGGGUUCCGAGAAUGUUGUAUUUUGCCUUUUAGAUCUUUCCGACACAUGAUCAUUCAGGUAUUCCAGGAUCUUUUGCAAGGAUAUGCAUUCCGUCUGUUGGAUUUCAGUGUCACCUGUCCCUUUCGGUCUUUUUCAACAUCUGUCUCUCGCGCUCAUCGUUUUCCUCCGUGUUUCAGCUGCAACUGUUUACAUAGCAAUCUGGAAAUGUAGAGUUGACAAAACCGACAAGACAGAACAGAAAUUUUAUUAUAAAUAUAUAUAAGUAUAUACAUGAACUACUGAAUAUACUGUAAAUGUUUUUUUCUCUUUUUUGCUCUGUUCCUCUGUAUAUAGGUUUGCAUAUUUUAUAGUCUUUUACUUCUAUCUAGAAGGACUGGAUGACUAAGAAAAUUUAAAGACAAAAAAUGAAACCGAAUUAAAGCAGGUAAACUCUAGUCCUUAGAGAUGCAGUAUGGUUGUAAGGUAUUUAAUUGUGGAACGUAAGAAGAGCCAAUCAGAUUUGAUCCCGAACAUUAAUGUCACUUUCAGAACUGCUGCCAACAUGCUUAUUUAUUUGCCUAUUUAUGUAUUAAUUUGUUCAUUUUAUCAAAUGUCAUUUAAGUUAUUAUUUUUCUCCAUUUUAAAAUACUAAUAUGUGCUUUUAUCAUUUCGGCGGUUGUAAUUUUUGUUUGUAACCGCGUCGAAUAUCAUUUUGUCAUUUAAACAAUGCUUUUUUAAAUAUAUAUUUUUACAUGUUUUUGUAUCGUGAGACACAAUGGAACAAUGCAACUGGCAGAAUCAGGGUAAUCCUUUAUGGAGAAUGUAGAACUCUUGAAGGACUGGUGUCAAAAGUUUUUUGCUGCACCUGUUAGAACUGUCUGCUGUUUUCUUCUGUUCUGUCCUCUUUCAGAACUCCGAUUUGCUUCACUGCUUUUUCAAACACACAAAAAAAAAAAAAAAAAAAAAAAAAAAAGAAACUGCACUAAUCCAUCAGACUCUCAGCAACUCUGGUUUUAUAGCUGUUCUUCAUUAGCACUGUCUUCAGCUCACCAAAAAAAGUCAGAACUUACAGAAACAAUGCAGUAAAAUGGGGUUUAAAAAAAAAAAAAAAAGAAAAAUACCAAAAAAAAAAAAAAAAAAAAAAAACAAAACAAUGAUUUUCAGACAUUUUGAGCACAGUUAAGCGUGCUGGGUGGUAUCUGUGGAUUUUUGCCAAGCCUAUCACAAAGAGAUUGAGCUGAAUUAGCAGUCGGAGUACUGCCACAGCUCCUGCCCUGUUCUCCACUCCAAGUUUCUCUGGUCCCUAGACUCUCUUUUGUAAUUUUACUGAAUGACGCGUUUCCGCUUAAGCCCAGUAAUAAAGCACAGUGUAGAAUAAAGCAGCAUUACGCUUG